CUCUCUCUUUCUCAAUAUCCCAAAAAUAUAUCCUACGGAAUAAAACUAGUAGAGAAAAACAUCGAGUUUUUUCCUUUCAGACAAUUAUACGAAGAGCAUCGCAUUAUGCGUCACACCCGUGUCGAUUUUCCUGCACGCUACGCGCAGAGGCUCGUAUUGAAAAAAAGGCUAAAUAUUCAAGAUUUUCUAAUAUUUUUAAUAUUUCAUAUUUAAUCUAAUAUUUGUUAAUAUAUUUUUCAAAAAGAAACUCCUAAAACUCAACAAAAUCUUUCAUACUGUCAGAGUAGACUGGACUCCUGAAGUCCUGAAGUCGGGGUUAGGUCGAUCCCUCGAUAAUCGAACCGGUGUGGAAUCGAUUUUAAAUCGGGUGCAGGGAGGGGAGAGGGCGCAUCUCACGAGGAGAGACGAUCGAGUUUUCGCUGGUCGUGCCGUGGCAUGAGCUGCGCUUUGUGCGCUCGAUUUGUCAAGAGGGAGACAAGCGUAACGUAGCGGGGCCGCGCCGCGCCGGAUGCCGCCGCGUUAAUUCGUGCUCGUCGGCCGUGAAACGACGAUCCGAAAAAAACCGGAGGACCCGCGGACCCGAGGGGGAACGGGGGUAGUACGGGCGGCCGGCCGUCGGUCCCGUGAACGGCGAUGUGGCGAGCAUUGUGGGCCGCUGGAUGUCCGGCGGCGGUCCUCGCGCGUCCCGUGACGGCCGUCACGGCGAAUCACCGGAGACUCGAGGGGUGAGGAAGUCGACGUACGAGUAGCUCGAGAGUUUUCCUCCCGAGUCGCCCGCGAACCAGGAAACCGGCGACGACGACGAUCGUCGGUGUCGAACGCGUAGGUAAAUAUCUCUCGAUAGAGAUCGGCAUAUACAAUGGCAUCGCAGAGUCAGAGCACCACCGUGAGCGUCACCUUGCCCGGUGUCACGACGGGAACGACGGCCAAUGGACCGCCGUCGACGACGGCGCCGUCGCCUGGCAUUACCGUCCCGACCAGCGCGGCCGCCAUCUCGGCCGCGAAGACGCAGACUCUCGCCGUUUGUGCUCAGCCCUCGCAAUCUCAGCAGCAGCAGGCCAACAAUAUUGAGCCGCUGGACAAGAGUUCCUCCAAUACUCUCAAGCGCAAUCCAAAGAAGGAGUUGAGCAAAACUGAUUUGCUGAUAUUACUAGGACAUCUAGAAGGAGAGCUUCAAGCGAGGGACAUUGUGAUAGCAGCAUUAAAAUCAGAAAAGAUGAAACAUCUUCUAAGUUCCCGGUAUCUUAGCAGUACUGCAGAUCCACAUGCGGCACUAGCUCGAGAUAUUGCAAUAGUAGGUGGUGUUAUUGGGAUUGAAGGAAAUCAAAUUGAUCAACAAGUAGCUAGUCUAGAAGCAUUGGUAAUGCAGCAGAGAAAGGCACAAUGUAGGAUGACAAAAGUCCUUAGAGAUGCUGAAAUUAGGCAUAGAGCAGUGAUUAAAGAAUUAGAAGAAGAGAAGCGGAAACAUGAACAUGAUACUGCUCAAGGUGAUGAUAUCACUUAUGGUCUUGAGAAGGAGCGAACAAGAUUGAAGAAGGAGCUAGAAUUAGAAAAACAAGAAAAGAAGAGAUUGGAGUUGGAAUUAAAAAAAGCUAACGAUCAUCUCGAGGAAGAGAAAAAUCGACAAAAACAAAUAGUAUUGCUUCUCUUGGCGGAACGGAAAAAGAUUAUCAUGAAAUAUAUCGAGGAGAGGAAACGAUCUGAAGAUUUAGCUCAAAUUCUCAGUGAAGAGAAAGUAAGGAUAGAUUCAAUGGCCGAAGGCCUAGAGGAAGAGAGUAAGAAAUCGCUGCAGAUGGAAGCGGAAUUGGAAAAACAAUUAGCGCAGUUCGAUAUGGAGAGGCAACAAUAUCGGCAAGCUCUUACAAAAGAGGAAAAGAGAGCGAAAGACUUUGAGACGGAAUUGGAAAAGUUACGAGCCGAGAUGGAUACAUGGAAAGAGUCGCAGGCUCGUGGUCCUGCCAGAGGAGUUGGUGUAACUCCACCACCGCCACCUGCAAAACCAGCGAAUUUAGUCGCUAUGCCGACACUCAGGCCGGCUAGUGCACCACAAACAAUGAAAGGAACGGUCUUGGGUACAGGGACACCCAUGGUUAGUAGUAAAGUUGUCCAACCCACUGCCACAGUGUCCAGUGUUCCUGUCAGUGGACCAACCACUGGGAUUGCUAGAUCAGUAGCACCUGGACAGGCACUUCGUGGGGUUGCCUAUACGCCUAAUUUAACAUCUGUAGGUGGAGAGUCUACAGCUCCUCCAGAUACACAGGCCGUAGACAAGCGACAACCGGUUGUACCUGCUCCUGUUAGUACCGCCGCUGCGGCUAAGCUUAUCACGUCGUCGCAAGCCGCCGCUGCAGCGGGGAAGCUCGGCUUUCACGUCGGCCAGUCUGCUGCGAGUCCCGUCGUCAGCCCCGCUGUUCAAGCACCCACCGCCGGUGGUGGUUUACUGCCGGCGAAAAAGCCGCCGAUUUCGCGCGGCGUGCCACCCCCGGUACCACCGAAUAAGCCCGUGGUACCGCCGAAAAAGGAGGCGGCCGUUUAUCUCAGAAGACCGGAAUUGCAAUCGCAAGGUGGGCCACAGCAGGAUACUGUCAAAUACGGUAAACAGACGGUCCCGUCGCACGGAGGUGUCACGACGGCGACAAGCGGAGUCGCUCCUCCCGUGCAGGCGCAUCAGCAACCGCUUCCGGCGAGCACCGUUCAAGCUGCCGCCGAAGAAGAGGUCAGUAAUAAGACGACGGACUCAAGAUAGAUACUAGAUUAGUGCGAAAUAAUUGUUUGUAGGAUAAAGAUAUGCACCCACUAAACAAGCACUCUCUCUUCAACAAAUGCAUAAUAAACAAUGUAAAUAUAUACACAACACAUACACACGAUACACUCUAUAUGUGUUCAAUAUAUAGAACAUUGUGUGAAUGUGAUUUCAGACAAAGCCGCGUUGAAAGAAAGAAUAUAAAAACAUAUGAACAUAUAUAUGACCGAGAUACAUGAUAGAAAACAACAAAAAAUGCUUGGAAUCUAUGCUGGAUUUGCUUCAUGGUGCCGAGAGAUUCUGUAUUUGCAAGAGACUAUUUCUAAAAUUGUCAAGAAGGAAAGAUAGAAAGAGAGAGAUAAAGAGAGGUGCUUUGUAUAUUCGAUAAACUUUCUACAAUCGUGUCCAUUAAGGACGACGAUGUGUGUUAUAUACAAUACAUGUAUUACGACUAGAUCUCAUCACGGUAAGCGGCAUCCGUUGAAAUGAUACUGUUUGCAACUGAAGGCAUUCGUAAUUAAGUAGAGAUAUUUCUCAGAUAUGUAAGAUAGCCGUUGUAGGUUCCUAGUUCAUUCUGUACGGUUUAUUUGAACGAUGGCGUUAACUGAACGAUCGCCGUGGCACGAACAUUAAUUAUCAUUAAUAAACAUGAGCCGUUUUGGGCGAGUAUGAGCAUUAAUAUGAUGCGGAGAUUGUUAACCUUACCUUUGCAAAAGCUUUCAGAGCUACUAGUGGCAAUUCAGCGUGGUUUAACACUAAUUAAUUGAAUUUUCCUUUCCUAUUUCACGAACGAUAACGCAAAACGAGAUGAAUCCGUUUUUCGCAAAUCCUAUUGGCUUUAUAUAAACUCUUUAUUUUUGUUAUAUAUACAUAUAUAUUUUUAUAUAUUUAUAAAUUUUAUAUUCCGCGCGCGCAUUCUCUAUAUAUAGAUAUUUUUUCCUCUACCUUUCGCGCCAUGAAUAUGUACUAGAUAGUACGCAUAAAAUAAUAUCAAGUCGUAUCUAUACAUCUUUUUAAGACUUUUUGACGUUUAUAACAUUUUCGCGAAUUUUCCAGCGAGUUUAUCUGACUGGAUCCAACUCGUUUCGCGCAUGAUCGUUCUGUAUUUAUACAUCAUGGAAGUAGAAAACUAUCUUUAAACAAUCUUUAAAAGGGGAUAAAUCGUUAAACACAGAUUCAGUUAAGCCAGACUAUCGGGUACAAGAUCUUAGCUAGAUGAGAAAAUAGAAACUAUCAUACGUGCUAUAAUCACUGCCUUGUCUCACAUAAUUGCGUAUAUCAGCUACAAGCUUAAACGCUUUAUCUGAAAGAAAAUAUUUUGCACGUUGCCGAAUAAUAGAUGUCACUGUUUUUUCAAGAUACAAUUGAUUUUGUCAUCGGAACGUCCUAAGAAAAUGUCUAGUGAAAUGGAAGUAGACGAAGGAUCAAAUGUUUUCUACUCAAUCCUUUUUAAAAAUCCUUGAUAUAAGAAAGAUGAUUAUGUAUUUGCAUAUUAUAAUAUCUUCUUUUUUUAUAUAUAUAACGAUUCGUGUAUCUCAGGUAAAACACUGUGUUGCGCUAAAACGUGAAAUGAUGAAACAAAAAAAAAAAAA